GAAAAAGAGUCAGGAAGUUGGCCCCAGCUGGAAGGAACAGAUACGGGGACGAACUAUCGAGGAAGACCCCGUGUAGGAGAUGCACGCCGCGUUGCGCCUGGUAGUCGUGGCAGUCCCGAUGGGUGUGCUGCUGUCCCGGACCAUGGCGUGGAUGUCAAGCGGCAAAACGCAUGCAGAGCUCAUCAGCAGGCUGAGGGAUCACGGGGUGAUCCGCAGCGACCGAGUGUUUGAUGCCAUGCUGGCUACAGACAGAGGGCUCUACGCAAUAGACUAUCCUUAUGCAGACUCCCCUCAAUCCAUUGGCUACAGAGCGACCAUCAGUGCACCACACAUGCAUGCUCAUGCGUUGGAGCUGUUAAGUGACAAACUAACUGAAGGGGCAUCGGCACUGGAUGUGGGUUCAGGGAGUGGAUAUCUCACAGCCUGCUUUGCAAGAAUGACAGGACCUAGUGGUAGAGUGCUUGGCAUUGAACACAUUGAUGAACUUGUUCAAAUGUCAAUAAGAAAUGUGCAAGCUGAUGACCCAGAGCUGCUCACCUCUGGACGCAUCAAACUUACAGUGGGAGAUGGAAGACUCGGCCACCAAGAAGGAGCGCCGUAUGAUGCCAUUCAUGUUGGUGCAGCUGCAGCGACUGUUCCUAAGGCUCUCUUGGAGCAGCUGAAGCCUGGUGGGCGGUUGGUUCUCCCGGUGGGCCCCGACGGUGGCAGUCAGGUGUUGGAGCAGUACGACCGUCAGAGUGAUGGGACCUUUCUCAAGAAAGCUUUGAUGGGAGUGGUUUACGUCCCCCUUACUGACAAGAGGCGCCAGUGGCCUGGAGGUGAGCUUUGAAUGCAGUGUGGUUACCCCGACAGGAGGUGUCGUUGGUGCUGCAUCUCUGGGGCCCCGUAGACUUCUUGUGGUUUCACUGAGCUCUGGUCUUCACAGCCAUCUACCCCUCUGGGUUGUCACCCGGCAACUACAUGGAGGAUCCUUCUCUGUUUGCCCAACCAGAUUGUCUUCCAAGAGGGAUAAAACGGUGAGCGACUGAAUGAGCAACCACUGUGGGACUGAUGACCUUCCUCGUUGUUAUUGUGAAUGAAAAAGAAAAGGAUGCCUGUGAUCGAAGGGAUUCACAGUAUUAUAUAUUGGGAAGUCAGUAAAGUUCAGCAUUGAGAAAAGUGCAAUAUCAGCUUAAGAUGCUAAGAAUGUGUUAUUCUGGCUUGUGAGAAAUUCAGAGAGGUACAUUUGUGACUUUGUGUGUACUCUUAUGGGGACGCUUUGGCUUUGAAUGCAGUAACACAAGGCAAGGAAGUUAAAGGAAAAUUCAGCAAAUUAACAAUGUAAUAUAUAUUUUGUGGUAAGAACUUCUUACUGGCUUCAUAUACUGUAUGUUUAGUAUAUGUCCUGUUUGACAUUGUUACUGUAGAACACAGGGGGCAUUGUGCCAAAAGAUUAUUAAUUGAGGCACCUAAUUUUUUCAACUACACAAAUAUUGAAUUUGUGUAAGAUUUAUUAAUAAAACCCAAUAAAUGAAUAUAUUAUUGUUUUCA